GGCUAGAGACCUAUCACUAAUGAAAAACUACACAUGACUGUUGUUAUUUUUAUAUGUAUCUGUCAAAUAGAGAUAGAGAGAGAGUGAGUGUGAGCAUCUGAGUAUCCUUUAUCUGGUGCCCUCUCUUCAAAAUGGAUGGGCUUGUCGAUUGGGGUUUUUGGCACUAUUUGGGCGUGAUCGCAGUCAUCCUAUUGGCGUGGCUCCUCAUUUUGGACCGUUGCACUCGCUACACCAUCCAGAACAAGCAUGUCCUGGUCACGGGAGGCUCGAGCGGCAUCGGUUUGUCCCUGGCUAAGCUCUGCGCUCAAAGGGGUGCCCGCCACAUCACAUUGGUAGCAAGGCAAAAGCUCAAGCUCGUCGAGGCCAAGGCCGCCGUGGAGCAAUGUCUGCGCCAACCUGCCCAUCAACAGGUCCAUACCAUCAGCUUGGACAUCACGGGCGAUUUGGAGACCAUUCAGGCCUCGCUGGAAUCCAGCAUCACGGGCUACGGACGCGUGGAUGUACUGAUCAAUUGUGCCGGAGCGGCGGUGGCGCGCCGGUUCGAGGAAACGUCUGACGAAUUGCAUCGCCGGAUGAUGGACCUCAAUUAUUUUGGCGGUGUGCGACUCACGCAAGUUUUAUUGCCGCCCAUGAAGCUGGCUGAGAACGGGCUGAUAAUCUUCGUGUCCUCGCAAGCCGGAUUGAUCGGUGUGUUUGGCUUUACGGCUUAUACAGCGGCCAAGUUCGCGAUGCGAGGCUUUGCCGAGGCGCUGGAGAUGGAAGUCAAGGCGCAUGGGGUGGGUGUGACCGUGGCAUUUCCACCCGAUACCGACACGCCUGGAUUUGCCGAAGAGGAGAAAGGCAAACCCGAGGAGACCAAACUCAUCUCACAAUCGGGCGGACUUUUUCAUCCAGACGCCGUGGCCAAGAGUAUAUUGUCGGAUGCCCUCCGAGGUCGGUUCUAUAGCAGUCCGGGUGUGGAUGGCUGGAUGCUCACCAACGUUUGCGUCGGGAUGACUCAUAGCUCCUUGUUCCAGGUGCUUGUUCAAGGGAUACUUUUAGGUCCCUUGCGGGUUGUGGGCUGGGCCUAUCGGCAAUACUUCUACGCUAUCAUCCGGAAAUGCCGGGCUAAGCGCAAUUCCGAGAAGAAACACGAGUGACACACGAGUCAAAACAAAUAUGGACAUGUUCAGUUUCAAAUUGGAAGUCUAAUUAUGUCAAAAUUUAAUUUGUCCCCGAUCUUUGAGAUCCCGGGCCCGUUGCUUGCGGAAA